AAAUAAAUAUCCAAAAUCAUCGUCCCUAUAAAUAACCCAUCAAAACUUGAACCAAAAUACCAAAUACACUACAAACUCACAAAGCAAAUACGUACGUACAUUAUAUCUAACAAGCAAAGAGAUGGCAUCAACAUGUGAACAAGUCGAGGAAGGUAAAACAUCAUGGCCGGAGUUGGUCGGGGAGGAUGGAGACUUUGCUGUAACGACAAUAGAAAAAGAAAACAAACUGGUUAAUGCAGAAACUAUUCUAGAAGGAACGAAAAUACUUCAGAUAUACAUAUGUGAUAGGGUUUAUGUUUGGGUAAACAAAAAGGGGAUGGUCAUAAGUACCCCUACCAUUGGCUAGUCAAACCAUUGGCUAGUCAAAAACAUGCUUAUAAAGUUGGUAUAUGUUUUCAUGUUUACUAGUGAAAUUUGUAUCUAAGAAUAAAGAUAUACCAUGUAUGUCAGGUUAUGUUGUCUUCUUGUAAUUCCCUUAUAAUAAGAAUACUGUAUCUAUUAUACAAAAUCAUGUUAUUUAUAUAAUAUUUGCUCUUAUAGAGUAA